AUGAGUGUGGAUAACGCUUGUCCUCGAAUCCCGCCUUGCCCCGAAUCAUGCAGUUCUGGGGGCUCAUCACCAAAACCUGAAAUUCACAGCUCUGAGGAGAAGCAAGCAUUUGUGCAUGAGUCUUCUGAGGCAGCCCACCUGGAGACUGCCUCUCCUCUCCCUUCCUAUAUGGACCUGCCAGCUCAUGAAAGUCCGGAUUCCUCCACCAGCCCCAAAGCGAAAAUGCUCCCCUCUGAAGAGAAGAGUACAACCAUGGAGCCGGAGCUUCCGGUUCCGCCUCCGGUUAAGAAGCAGAAGAGCAGGACUGUGUUCUCGCAGUCCCAGCUCUGUGUGCUCAAUGAUCGAUUCCAGAAACAGAAAUACCUGAGCCUCCAACAGAUGCAAGAACUUUCCACCACUCUGAACCUUAGCUACAAACAGGUUAAGACCUGGUUCCAGAACCAGAGGAUGAAAUCUAAAAGGUGGCUAAAAAAUAGCAGUAUCACUCAGGUUUCUGGACCUCUGGAAUACCCCAGCUUCUACCCCUACCCCCACCCCCAGGGAUGCCUGGUCAACACUCCAGAAAACCUUCCAAUGUGGAAUAUCCCCAACUGGAACAACCCACCUUGGACCAACCAGCCCUGGAACCCAAGUCAGAACUGGUACAGUCACGCCUGGAAUAACCAGACUUGGGACAACCAGCUCUGGCCAGACCCAGCAUACACCUGUGGAGAGGAAUCCCCCCCACUUCUGACACAAUUCCAACAGCAUUUUUCUCCCAGUGACUUCGACACCAUUUGGGACCCUUCCGGGGAGAGCUACAGUUACACACAGCAGACUGGUUACUUUAAUACGGAACAAGCCAUGGACUUCUUCCUGAAUUGUCCUCCAAACACACUGUCUCAAGAUGUGUGA